UGUAGGUACUCACGGCUGCGCAUGCGUGAAGCGAGGUAUGAGUCAGCCUCUCCUUCGGUUUGCAGUCGCUCAUAUAGAGCCCUCUUGUUUUCACGCGCUUUUCGCGGCAACAAGUUUUCUUUGUUUUUUAACAAUCGGAUAUUACUGUGAGCAGUCAUGUCCCACACGGUGACCAUCACGAGGACGACCACCACCUCAUCGGGGACCGCUGUGUUCGUCAACACCGGCUACCUCACAUCCACGCCAGGGUUGCUGAAACUUGCACAGCUGCUCCUGGGCGCAGCAUGUGUGGGGCUGGUGGCGUACUACAUGGACCACAACACUCGAACCAGCUACUAUGGCCAGAAGCCUGAGUUGUUCUACCUCUUGACGGCAGUCGCCUUCCUCAUCGGCACCUUCUGCUUGCUCAGCGCGUGUCUAUGCUCCCUUUCUACAGCUUCUAUCAUAUCUAAGACUCUUUACGAAGUGAUAUAUCACGGGUUGGCGUUCUUGAUGUACCUAGCAGCUGGCCUUACGCUCCUGAUUGAAGUCAACCAACAGAAAAACCAUUACAAAGCUUACCAGGUGUACGAGCCAUAUUUGGCCGCUUCUAUUAUGGCAUUGGUGAUGGCGGCUCUCUACUUGUUGAGCACGUUCUUAGCAAACCGUACAUACCGAGGCAUCUAAGCUCCAGGCCCCACAACGGAUUCAUCUUCUAUGUUACAUAACUUUUGCCAUACCUACCAUCUUCAUAACUUUAAAACAAAUUCAAAUUUAAAAAUAUCUUUAUCCAGUAGGUAACAUAGUUACACUUUGAAUCGUCACUUUUUACAUAAUCCAUUAUUUUGUUAAGUUUACUGCCUACUGCCAAAUCUUUCAGCAGAGAAUGUGUCUCUUAAAAGGUGAUUCUUCGAGAUAAUAUUCCAUGAAGGACUUUCCAGGCGUACGUUCCCAAUAAACAAUAUAGAUGGCGUUGUAAAGAUUUUCUUUCGUUUAAUGUUUAACAUUAUGCAUCUUUUAUCUUUGUUUUUGGGUAUAAAUGAUGACCCUUUUUAUCACACCCAAGCACAAUUACAUGUUUCACCUAUUAUUAUUCUGAUCAAAAUAAAGAGAAGUAAUAUAGGUAGCAACUUUAUUCUAUGCAUAAUACGAUCCAAAUAACAUACAUAAACUGCCUAUAUACGUCCCACUGCUGGGCAUAGGCUCCCCUCAAUCAACCGGAGGGGGUAUGGAGCAUACUCCACCACGCCGCUCCACGAUCCAAAUAUCAAGCAACAAUUUUUUUUUAUAUGCUUCUGCCAUUACUUACAUUGUAUUUUUGAAUAAUGAUUUAAACGAGUAAUGGGAAAAUAGGUAAUUAUAAUAUUAAAUCUGUACAGCGCCAUCUAUAUUUUUGAGAACGUAGCCUGGAAAGUCCCUCAUUGACUUUUUCUUUAACAAUUAAUGAUACGAAGCGAGGGUUUCUCAUUAUAAUCUCAUAAUUAUUUGAAGAAAAUAAAAUAACUUGCCAGAGAAAUCAGCGAACGUUCUCUUGAAUAAUCACCCAAAAAAGAGUAAUUUAUUUUUUGAAUAGUUUGUGAAUGAUAAUUUAUUUUUAAUUUAUGUUCGUAAGUGUACAGUGCUUCCGAUAAAUGUUUGAAUGUUUUGUUGUGCGUUACGAAACGCCUGUGUUAAAUGUGGUUGUGUGAAUACAACUACAUUGCGGUUAUUAUAGUAUCAGGGAACGUUUACCUAGUCCGGAUAAUAAUUAUACUUAUUGACAAUGAAUAAGUUUUACAUAUUUUUCAGGUUUUGUUGUCAAAUGUUUAAGGUGAAUUUACUUGAAUUACAACAGAAUUAAGAAAUAAGAUCUAAUUUAAUGUUAAUGUUACAUUACUGUGGUCUACGAUUUACUAAGUGUAGUACUUAUUUUUCUAUGUUUACGAGUUUAUGUGUCGAAUUUCUUUUUUCGUGUAAGUAAGUACUUAUGUUAAAAAUAGCUAAGUAUGUUAAAAUACUGAAAGAAGAUGUAUAAGUUACAAACUAUGAUACUACAUAUAGGUACAUAUAAUAAAAAUAGAUAUUCGUAUAUACUUAUACAUUUAUAUCAGAAACAGUACUUACAGAAUCUAAGUACAUUUUAGCACAAACGGUUUAUAUAAAUAUGUCUAUAUAUAAGUUUAGUCAAGUACAUAAUAUAUAAAAUUGUCAACAAAACUGAUCUGUGAACUUUUAUAUGUGUUUUCUAUUUUUAUAUAAAUUAAAUAUCUACAGGAUCACAUAUUGAUUGAAUUUGAAAUACAAUUUUAUAUUUUUUUUUU